AUGGUUCCCCGGUAUAGCCGCGAUAUCCUGGCCAGGAAGGAUGGCAUGGGUUUCUUACAACAGCUGCUGAGAGAGCAGGAGGCUUUGCAGCAAAAGGGCCCAAACUUGGGCCCCACGCCUCAAUUCACCCUGCCGUGUGCAACUCUCACCGAUAGCGAUAGCACCGCGAACCAGUAUGCCCUCAAGAGGAGCAACUCACGAAGGUCAGCUGUAGAGGGGGGCCCCCCAGGGCCCUCUGCACCCUCCGCACCUUCUGCACCUUCUGCUCCAAAGGGUUUUUCUCUUGAGGCACCCUUUUUAGCGAGUAGCAGUGGCGGCAUCCCGGAGGAAUUUUUGAGGACAGCCCAGAAACGAAAAAACGGCCCUAAAGGGCCCCUUCCACAGCGUCGCCUAGGUAAUGCAGAACCCCCAAUACGCUUAAAAAAAACAGAAUCUGCAGCAUCUAGAUCUCCUCCUUGGGGGCUUUCAAGGCCCUCCGUGGGAGGGCCUUCCGCCCAUGGGGCCCUCUUGCGGAACAGCAGGAGCUGCUCCAGGCUUGGGAUAAAUUCAAGGGGCCCUCACGGCAACCCAAAAGAAGGCGGCCUUGCCUGUCGACGGCCUGGCAGCGGUUUGCUUCGCAAGCAGUCAGUUGGUCUCGGAGAAAAGCCUCGUUGUGUUGCUGGUGCUGCAGAGGGAAGUACGGCAGCACCAUCGAACUCGACGAGAGGCGCCGGGGCAGCUGAAGCGGCGCAGCUGAAAGAGCAUGCCGACGCCGCAGAGCCCAAAGAACUGGCAGCUCUAGCAGAACUGCUGCAGAGAGUGCGCAAAGCUUCAUCCUUCCUGGCCAAGAGGAGCCCCUCUGGCCCCCCCGCGCCAGAAGGGCCCAGCCCCCUGGCGCAUGAAGACGCGUCUCUAGGUGACAUGUUAGGGGCUGUAGAGGACAUCCCGGCUGAGGAGAUCCUUGAAUUUGGCUGCUCCCGCGACGCCUUGCAAAGCCCCUCCGGCGCCGUAGUAGAAAAAGAAGGCGCAGCAGGCGGGAGCAGUGCGUCUGCAUCUGCCGCAGACUUCUCUGAAGCUCCUUGGGGAGGGCUUUUGCAGGGGAACGAGGACAAACAGAGCCUUCAGGAAGAAUGGAGCCCUAAGCCAGCCACCAACUGUCCCUUCCCAGACGCGUAUGCUCGCGAGAUGCCACAUAGGGCCCCUCCAAAGCCGGACGGCGAGGCUCCUGAGGGUCAGGCUUGGAGUCCACCCCUCAGAUCCUGCUCGGGCAGUUUCUCCGCGAAGGAGAUCUCCUUCGCAGAUGCGCUGCAGCUGAUCGACACCCUCGCUACGCUCACGGGCAACCCCUUACCGACUGUGCCUGGUUGUGUGCGGAGUGCUGCAGCGAUAAGGACCCCAACACGGCCCCCGGCAGCCGCUGUCUUAGCGCCUGCAAAUGCCACAAGCUCCAAAGCGCCUCCUGCCCAUAACCAGUGUACAGAGGCGCUCUCCACCAGGGCAGUCGGUGACGCAGAAGCGCCCACGCCCGCCGUCUCUGGCCUUCGUCAAGGACGCCUAGGACAGGGGCAGCUUUGCAGUCCCCUCGCAGACUUGCACCCCACCCCGCAUGCCAGCACCAGCAGCUUGGAUGGCAGCUGCGCGGAUCCACCCGAAUCAGCUUGCAUGGGGACUAGGCUCAGUGAAGCGCCCUUCGAGCGCUUAUUACCUCCCCCUGUCGAGAGCGUAGCGGGGGACGUGGCGGCCUCUCUUCAGGCCGAACCGGCAGUAGCAAAGACGUGUGAGGACCACUUGAGUGAAGACAACAACCCCGUGGGCGUGCUCGCAGCCCUGUCCGCAGCAACAGCGGCCGCUGCCACCUUCUCUAGCUGCUAUGCUGCCCGCAGAGCCCCCGCAGGGGUGUCUAGUGGAGAUACACCCGAGCACGCUCAACUGGAGGAGCAAGCGCCUGAGAAAGGAUGGUGCAGCGCCCUGUGGGGAGGGGCAGAAGAGGCGGGCCGGCUGCCGAUUUCUCUUUUGCAAAGCAAGGCGUCAGGCCCCCCAAGCGAGCAGACGUGGCAAGUGAGAAGCAGGAAGCAAGCCACCAGCGACAGGAACGGCGAUGGCAACAAGGGGAGCAGCAACGGCAGAGCCGCCGCAGUGGGCGUUCUUCCUGAGGCAGGGGCACAGGGCAUGGAGGGCCCCAUACCAGAAGCGGGAGGCGUAGGAGGCAAAGAUGAGCCACUGGGGAAGCGAGAACGGUUAGAGUGUGUGAAACGGCCACUGCCCAACGGGAUUCUUCGCUCAAAGCCAGACUGCACGUGUAUCCACAGGAGCAGUAGUAGUGGAAGCAGCAAUCGCUCUCUCAGCAGAAACCGUGGCAGCAGAAGUCGAGCUCCCUCCAGCUGCUGUCGUCCACUCAACUUUUUCAAUAGGACACAAAGCCCCGCGCGUCAAGUGGCCAUGUUUGAAAGCAGCAGUGGCAGGAGUAGUAGCAGUAGGAGUAACAGUAGCAGUAGGAGUAGUAGUAGUGUAAGUAGCAGGAGCAGUAGCAGUGCUGAUACAACCCCAGCCUCCCUACGCGGUUCUCGUCGCCUUGCACAUGCAGCUGCAGCCUCUUGCAACGGGGAAGGAGAAGAGAGUGCAGCAGACUUAGACGUAGCUCAAUGGGUAAAUGACAACGGGCUGUCCGUCGAGCUACUGCUCGAAGGCCCCGCUGCCGCGCCCACUAGCCCACGCUGGAGCAAGACACACAAAGACCAAAGGGGCUUCUCCUCCUCACAGAGCAGCAGGAGCAGUAACAGCAGCAGGAGCAGUAGCAGCAGCAGGAGCAGUAGCAGCAGCAGGAGCAGUAGCAGCAGCAGGAGCAGUAGCAGCAGCAGGAGCAGAAGUAGCAGCAGGAGCAGAAGUAGCAGCAGGAGCAGUAGCAGCAGCAGGAGCAGAAGUAGCAGCGGGAACAACACCAGCACGAGCAGCCGAAGUCGAAACAAUACCGAACAGAGGGGAACGAUCUACAGCAGACCAUCCACUAACCCUAGAGGGGUGUCGGCUAAAGAGGAGGCCACUGGGAGUUCUGCUAUGCGCAGCCCUCACCUGCAAUCGCAGCCGGGGGAUGCCUCUUCAAAAACAGAGUUCACAGUCGUGGAGCAGCAGCAGCAGCAGCAGGAGGAGCAGCAGCAGCAGGAGCAGGAGCAGCAGGAGCAGCAGGAGCAGCAGCCUGCGCUGCAGAAACAGAUGAAGGAGCCGAGUUUGCUUGCUGCUUCUAGUGGGUGUUUGGGAGACGGCAACACCAGCAACAGUAGGAACUGCGGGGAUGUCACUGUCGGAGGAUCCAUGGUGAGCCAUUGGCAGCAGCAGGGCCGGCAGCAGCUCCUUCACGCGGAGGCUGGGCAGCUGCGGAGAUUGCGUCGCUUCGCAAUAAGAGGCAAAACGCACGCAGAAUGCAUGCAGCACUUUGGGAGGCGCAUGGGACUAGAACCUUCCAGGCGGGUUUUUUGUGUGGAAACGUCUAAACACAAAAGAAGCGUUACGCGAGCAACUCAAGCAGCUUCGAGAUCAGCAGGAGACGCAGCUGAUUUCGCCAAGGGCAGCGCAGGGUGUCCAUAUGCUGGUCGCUUAACCGUGGAAUCCUGCGUGCAGCGAGCCCUUAAGGGGUUAGGCUGGGCUUCAAACAUGGACUUGAACUCAGUUUUUUUUGAUUUGAAAUGGCGACUUCGCGCUACAGAAAGAGACUACAGACAACUGCGGCCCGAGCAGCUGUUUAAUCACUUUGAAGGCAACGAAGCACUUACCACAAAGGGCGGCCUGACGCGAACUCUCCAGCAGCUCUGGGUGUCUGAGAGGGUCCCUACGCACGCCUUCUAUCCCAGAGCCUACGACCUCGGCUUGCUGAGCGACUGCACCGCCUUCCUGCUCGACUGGUGUCGCUGUGAAGCUGUGCUCGUCCUUCUGCUGUUCCUCAAGUGCACUGCCGCUGCAGCAGCAUCCCCCCUUGCGCCCUCGGCUACUCCAGCAGCAGCCGGCGAAGCCGCAAGGGCUAGCGCUGCUGAGGAAAGCGCGUCGGGAGCAGCGCGCACAGACCUCGAGGGGAACGCACUGAUCGGAAAAAGCCUCGCAACAAGGGGAGCAGCCUUUCCACCAUCUCGAUCUGCCACAGCCUACGCACGAGAGGCCCUCUUGCUACCCUGGCUUGCCCUUGAACUGCUAGAAGCCUGGUUGCCCGAGCUGCACUCUGAUGCAUUCUUGGACUGUGAAGGGUCCUGCUACCCUGCGGCUCUUUCGCCCCCCCACAUUGAAACGUUCGUAGAGCUCUCGUGGCGUCUACGGCAGCAGCAACCAGCAUUCGUCGCGCACUGGAAACAGCACCAGCAGCAGCACCAGCAGCAGCACCAGCAGCAGCACCAGCAGCAGCACCAGCAAGGGGAAAGUUGGCUUAGCAAGAAUAUAUGGAUCGUGAAACCUUGCAGCAAUGCUCGAGCAUCUGGCAUCAAGCUCUUCACAUCGCCACUAGAAAUACUCAGAUCUGGCAGGGGCCUCCGUGAUCGCUUGGUGCAACGGUACGUUGAGCGGCCUCUCCUGCUAUGGGGAAGGAGGAAAUUCGACCUGCGCGUUUGGGUGCUGGUGCGCUCCUUCUGCCCCUUAGAGGUGUAUUUGUACUCUGAGGUGUACGUACGGCUCUGCGCGGAGCCGUAUGACCGUGAAGACCUUGCGAACAAGUUCAAGCACAUAUCGAACUGGAGCCUCACUCGACUGAGAGCGCGAGAAAGCAGGGAGGUGUCUUCUUCACCCCAGCCUCCCGGGAGCCAGCCAGAGCCAGCUCUGAGGGAAGGACGUGGAUGCGCGGCUGCCACGGACAAGAAUGCUGGAGAGCUGCCGAGAACUUUGGAGGAGAGGGAGGCCACGCUGCCUCUGGAGAGCCUCCGCGCAGCUCUGGCCGAACGGACGGGGCAGAAGGAUUACUGGGCUCUCCUAAGGGCCCCUGGGAAAGACCCUCCAGCAGCUCCCAGCAACCGGGAAAGCGAGGGCCCUUCCGUGUGCAAGGCUGGCAAAACAACGGAGCAAGAAAGAGAAACUGUGCUCGACGGAGGAUACUGGGAACUGCUCUUCAACGAGGCCCUGCCCCUUAAGGAAGCGCUCGCAACUCUCCCUCCCAUCCACUCCCCUACCCACAAAGGCAGCAUUGGUCCGGCAGCCACCGCACAGCCACAGGGUAGUCCCCCGAGCUCCCCCAGACGUCUCAUUGAAGAGCUCUAUGCGGCGGGGGGCCCCACUGCCGCUGCCCCCGCACGCCGCAGGCGCAAGCCCAGGCUGCAAGGCCUUGUGAUACAUGGUCGAAGGAUCACACAAACCUGCCAUCGGUGUUCUGCUGCCGUUUAUGCUGCUGCUGCGCAGCAGCAGCAUAAGGAGUUCGCCGAGGAGGCAGGUAGCCUCUCUCUUGGGCUGCAUGGUGACAAAGAUAGAGCAACCUUUGUGUCGUGA